AUGGCCUCACGCCACCCGUGGAUGGCAGUGGCCACCCGGCUUCAGAGCACAGUGAACGCCGGUGCCGCUGGGAACCCGGCCCCUACACCCAUUUCUCCAGACCCAUCGGCAAACCUGCCACAAACUGGCAGAAAGAGACCUCCAACCCACCGUAAGCUCUUUGAGAUCCGAAACCAGCAGGAGUCCGUGGAGAUAUUCGAGGAGGCCAUCUCGUACUUGAGAGAGGUUCAGGUGGCAGAUGUGAUUCCAUCAUUUGACAUCUAUAUCAGUUUCCAGAAAUUGGGAGUCACAUUGCUCCGGAACUUGAUUGAAGGCAAGGCCUCGAGUGAAGAGGUUGACAACGUGUUACAGGUCUUGAUCGAGCACCGGGUGGUGCAUGCGAUUCACUUUUGCCAGGUGAUGAAGUACAAUUUGGAGCUUGCGGACUACACCCGCAACUUGAGAUGCUGGGUGCUGUACCUUGAAACCAAGAACUCGUUCGGCAGUGACCUGGCGCUCAUCGACAAGCCGUUCCAGAACGUGCGGUACGAUUUCCCCAGCUUCAGCUACUCGUUGGUUCGGGAUUUAACGUACUAUUCCUAUUUCUUGGGGUCGAAAACAGAUUACAAAUUCAGCUUUGAAGAUGUUAAAAAUGUGUUACAGGCUGAUAACUUGGCGCCCGCAUGGAGGGUCCAUGAUAACCUUGAGAAGUUCCUUGGCCCCAGUAGCCAAUUGGAUGACUUCAAGACCCUGGUGGGCCGGUUGUACUACCAGUCGGUAUCGAGUGAUCCUAACAGCAGCGAGUCGUUGAAGAGAAUGGAUGCCUACGCUGCCAAGCGUGAUGGAAGAGGCUUGGUACAGUUUUAUGACCUGUUGAAGGGGCAGAACUUGGACUACAAGACGGUGCACAAGUUGAUGAUUAGUUUCUAUGAGGUGGGCCGGUUUGAUAUGGUGUACGAAAUGUUCAAUGGGCUCAUCAAGAAAGACUUGAAGUUGACCAAGCCCGUGUGGGAUGUGAUGAUCAAGUCGAUGGGCCAUGCCGACAACACACGGGGGUUGACCCAGGAGCUGAAGGAUGAGUUGGCUGUGAAUGUUGAGAAGCUCAUCAACACCAUGGUGGAACAAGGGUUUGACGUCGAUGCAAGGGUGUUGGCAAGCAUUGUUGCAUCGUUUUCCAACUUGAACCGGUUUGACAAGGUGGACGAGUACUUGGAGACCUAUAGCUCGGUUCCGGUGAUCCACGUCACCAAGAGCAGCUACUUGAUGGGGCUUAUUUUGAACGAUCGAGUAGAAGAAGCCGAGAAAAAGUUGAAGCAGUUCAUGGGAGAAGACUCUACAUACGCACCUUCAGCCAGCUCCAUGAAUGCCUUGUUGGAUCAUUAUUCGAAACAGAACAACUUGGAUGCCGUAAAUGGAAUCAUCAAGUUCAUGGGAGAUCAUGACAUUGCCGAAAAUGUUGUUUCGUUGACGAUUGUGGCCGACUUGUACUUUAGGGUUACUCGUAAACGGGGGCUUGUACCCAACGUGGAAGAGAUGUUUUCGCUUUUUAAGAAGACCAACACCAACAUAAACAUGCAUACAUAUGCGGUUAUUAUGGACGGGUUGAUCAAGAAUUACAACCUCCAAGCAGCGAGGGACAUUUUCGAGUGGCUCAAGAAGGGAAACCAUCUCAAGAAGCAGAAUUCUGUCAACAUCAUGACUAUUAUGAUCAAGGGAGAGUUGGACUUUGGUGAUGUGGACAGAGCCGAAUCGUUGUUCGACGAGUACUUGAAGGGAUUCGCUAACGAUACCCAAGCGUGGAACAUGAUGAUUGUGUCAAUCUUGGACAAGAACGAGAAAGCUGGCUGGAACUACUACCUCAGACUCCAGAAACAGAAGGUGAACAAUGUUAGGCCCAACUUCUAUACAUUCUACUUUUUAUUCAGACACUUUGUGAGGAAGAAUAACCGGGCAAUCAUCGAGCAGUUGAUUGCAGACCUCGAUAGGGCUGAGUUGACAAGCUUGGGAAAAGAUCUUCCACGGAUAUUGCGGGAGCUUUCUACGGACUAUGUGAUCCCCACGGGCUUGAAACAGAGGCUCUGAUAUCUUGUAAAUAAUAGCAGAGGACAGAGAGAGUCCAAAGUAUAAAAGUAGAGUAUACAAAAAUAGAGUAUACAAAAGUACAAUACACAAAAGUAAAAUACACAAAAGUAAAAUAGGUUAAAGUAGAGUAUAAACCCAAUUUAGAAUCCGCUUCACACUUUACUACUCAGUCUCUAGUCUCCAUAAAUAACAUAUAUACACAUUUCUAACUACUUGCUAAAGUCUCCCAUGGCCUGCUUCCACAAAGGCAGAGCCAACCUCACAAAUCGAUCGUACGCAUCCACAGGCGAGUCCAACGCUGGACGUGUAUCCAACACAAACGAGGGCAUCCCCGUUUCCUCAUCGUCAGGAGCCGAAUAAUAGUCAAUCACGUAUCUGACCUUCCGCCAGUCAUUUGGAGGAGACUCUCCCGUGGCCCGUAGCACUGUCCAGUCAUGCCGGUCGAACGGUGGGUUCGAGUUGAACGUGUUGGGAAAAAACUUACUCAACCACAAGUAUGUGGAAGCUCUGGGUGACAAAUCAUGAGGUCUACCUGUAAACUUGAGAAGUCGAGGUUCAAUUUUAGUCUGCUUGGUGUGGAUAUCCUCCCACUCCAAGAUUUGCUGCCAUGCACCUUCGUUCAAGAAGUUGUGGAUUUCCACCAUCGACUCCACUGCCGUUUCGUCGAUUCCCUGUCCUUUACCUUUUCUUAACAUUGCGUUAAGCAUUUGCUGAGGAGAAGGAUACUCCCAUAAACCUUCGGAAGCAGUUUCUCCCCUGGGAAUAGAGGAAAUUGUUCUCUCUGUAGAGAGAUGUAUUUUCUGACCAGGGGCCAUGUCUGUGGAGAUGUCUAUUGGCAUAUUGUUCAUAGGAUUCAAAAUGGAGGACGAUAAUUCGUCAGCAGAGGAAGUUGAAUCUUUGGGCCUCACAGGGCAUGUUUGACCGGCGGAAAAGGCGGAGUGGUCAAUAGGACAUUUCGCGAGGCCUGAGGAGGUAUUACCAGCAGGAGAAGUGGCGGGAGAUGGGUAUUUAUCAGCCCAAAACAAACCCAUGAUGUGUAAUUGCGAUGAGAUUUUUGUGUCGUGCGGACGAUUGAAUGUCGGAGAGGUGAUGUCGCAAGUGCUUGGAAAUUCGUAAGACGGUGGAAUAUGCGUGUCCAAGACGAAACAUUUAAAGCACAUGGAUGUCUCGUGAUCACCUAUCUGCUCUGUCCUAGUACCGCGCAAGAAUAAUGCCGUACCGAACAUGCAGGCGCUAAAUUGCGUCCAAAAAGCCCGACAACGCCAAUAACUGUGUACCAUCCGGCAUCAUCACGUCAUUCCGUAUGUAGCAGCAUCUGGGCAACUAAUUGAUCACUAGAGGGGGUGCCUGCCUCACUGGUAGAUAUUCAUGAGUCCUUUCGCAGGAGGCGGAAUUCAAGUGUUUUCCAACCAAAACCGGUUCGGCUUUGAGAGGUGCUAUUUUACUUUUUCUUACACCGCCGACGCAGUCCACCCACAAAAGGGGCUGCGCUACUACCAGGGAGGUAACCACCCUCCACCAAGUGAUCCUGGACCGGGACUUGCAAAUAACUCUAGGGUCAACACACUAAGCCAUUAUCUCUGACCCUUGUUGAUUUCCUUAAAGGCCCACCCCUGGAACUGGGGUGAUUGAAGUAGCCCGGCUAAAUACAAUAGGUGAAAUGAAGAGAACAUGUGAGUAAAACCAGGAUGCAAUAUCAGGUUACAAAUCGGGAAAUAAUAGGGGCCAUGCAAAUUACGUAUUUUUGGAUAAUAUUUUACUACUUGAGGAAAAAUAUCAAGUUCCUACCCAAACCUCCCAUACUUGAAGCCCUUCGGCCACAAACGCAAUAUUGGGGCAGAUGAAUGUCGAUAUCAAAUCUUAAGUUGACAAUGAAAUGAAAGCGUCUUAUCCCUCCAGGCAGCAACCUUCAUGAAUUUCGUCCACUUCGCACGCACCAACCGCUGUGCAGAUGUGCCGAUGAGUGGAGCCACCACUGCGGAAGGGCGAGCAUUUACACCCAGAGUAAAUAUGAUGUAGAUACAGGUUUAAAGGUAGAGGCGUAAGAUCACUCCUUCUUCGAUGGGGACCUCAGGC